GGUCAUGCCUCUGUGGCAGUGUGGUGUCACCAGCAGGACCAACCUGCCCGACGGGAAUGAAGCCCAACGCCUGGCGGCCAGGGGAGGCCUCAGGGUCCUCCUGCACUGGGCUGGUCCCAAUGGUGGGGAUCCCUGGAUCACCUUCAACGAGGCCACCAUGACCGCUGAGGACAUUUGCAUCCACGUUGCACAAAAAGUCGGCAUCACUCCUCCCUGCUUCAAUUUCUUCGCCCUCUUCGAUGCCCAGACCCAAGUCUGGCUACCCCCCAACCACGUGGUAGAGAUCACUGAAGACUCAAGCUUGACCUUGUACUUCCGCAUGCGGUUUUAUUUCCGAAACUGGCAUGGCAUGAAUCCUCAGGAGCCUGCUGUGUACCGCUGGGGGCCUCCAGAGGCCGAAACAACCUCAGAACAGUCAGAGCAGGGGCUACAGCUGCUGGACCCUGCCUCUUUUGAGUACCUCUUUGAGCAGGGCAAGCAUGAAUUUGUGAAUGAUGUGGUUUCUCUCGAUGAACUAUCCAGCGAGGAAGAGCUUCACCACUUCAAAAAUGAGAGUCUAGGCAUGGCCUUUCUGCACCUUUGCCACCUCGCCCUCCGUCGUGGUAUUCCCCUGCAAGAGGUAGCCAGGAAGACCAGCUUCCUGGACUGCAUCCCGCGCUCCUUCCGCCGCCAGAUCCGCCAGCACAACCCACUGGUGCGCCUGCGCCUGCGCACCAUCUUCCUGCGCUUCAUAUGCACCUUCCCCCGGGAGCGCCUGGCCCUCCCCGUCGUCCAGGCCAAGUACCUGGCCACCCUCGAGCGCCUGGCCCCCCGUUUCGGCACCGAGCGCAUCCCAGUGUCCCACCUGCACCUGUGUACCCAAACCCCUGGGGCAUCCUGUUGUCUCCCGGAGGCUGGGGCUGCCACCCCAAAACCUCCAGAGCCCCCCAACUCCACCUCCGGACCUCCCUCCCAUGAGGUGCAGGUGACUGGCCUGGGUGGCAUCCAGUGGCGACCAUGGCAGACAGUGAUUUCUCACACCACCACUGCCCCAUCAGGGAAGAAAUACAGGGCCCAGGAACUCCCCAACAGGCCUCGUGAGGCACCUUGGACCCCCUUCUGCGACUUUCCGGACAUCACUCAUGUGGUGCUGAAGGAACUCCACGUCAGCAUCCACUGCCAGAAUGACAAGUGUCUGGAGCUGACUCUCCCCUCCCGGGCCACCGCCCUGUCCCUGGUGGCCCUUGUGGAUGGCUACUUCCGGCUGACCAUGGACUCCAGCCACUUCCUGUGUCAUGAGGUGGCACCGCCUCGGCUGGUGACAAGUGUCCGAGAUGGGGUGCACGGGCCCCUGCUGGACCCCUUCAUCCUGUCCAAGCUACGUCGGGAGGAAGGACUUUAUCUCCUUCACUGGAGCACAAGCCUCUACGACCGCCUCAUCUUGACCGUGACUCAGCGUGACCAGGCCCCUGGAGGCAGCGGCGGCUGGCGCCUGCGGAAAUUCCCCAUCGAAAUGAGGGCGGGGAGCCUCAGGCUGGAGGGCUGGGACCGCAGCUUUCCCACUGCCAGGGAUCUUCGGGCCAGCCUACUGGGCUGCUCCCUGAGGCUUGGGGACCACAGCUUCCCCUUGUACCGCUGCUGCCUGCCAAGGCCUGGAGAGAUCUCCAACCUUCUCAUCCUGCGGGGAUCCCGGGGGGACUCUGCCCCUGUCAGUGUCAGCCAGCUCAACUUCCAUCGGGUGGGGCAGGACCAGAUCACUCAGUUGGCGCACUUGGGCCAGGGCACCAGGACCAACGUGUAUGAGGGUGUUCUGCGUGUAGGGAGCGGGACCCCCCAAGAUGCCCUGGGGGACACCGGAGAAGGCCAGCAGGACCUCCGUGUGGUACUCAAAGUCUUGGACCAGAGUCACCAUGGCAUCGCCCUGGCCUUCUAUGAGACCGCCAGCUUCAUGAGUCAGGUCUCUCAUGUUCACUUGACUUUCCUGCACGGUGUCUGUGUGCGCGGCUCCGAGAACAUCAUUGUGACGGAGUUUGUGGAGCACGGGCCCCUGGACAUGUGGCUGAGACGGGAGAGGGGCCACGUCUCCGUGGCCUGGAAGUUACUCGUAGCUCAGCAGUUGGCGAGUGCCCUCAGCUACUUGGAAGACAAGAACCUGACACAUGGUAAUGUGUGUGGCCGUAACGUCCUUCUUGCGAGACCGGGCCUGGUGGAAGGUUCCAGCCCCUUCAUCAAACUCAGCGACCCAGGAGUGGGUGUGAGUGCCCUCUCCAGGGAAGAGCGGAUUGAGCGGAUUCCCUGGACUGCUCCUGAGUGUCUGUCGGGUGGAACCAGCAGCCUCGGCAUUGCGGCCGACAAGUGGGGUUUUGGGGCCACCCUGCUGGAAAUCUGCUUCGAUGGGGAGGCCCCCCUGCAAGGCCACAGUCCUUCUGAGAAAGAACGCUUCUAUCAGAACCAGCGCCACCUGCCCGAGCCCUCUUGUCCAGAACUGGCCAUGCUCACCAACCAGUGCCUGACCUACGAGCCACCCCAGAGACCUUCCUUUCGUACCAUCUUGAGAGAUCUCACCCGUCUUCAACCCCAGAACCUGGUCGAUGUCAUAACUGUGAACCCCGACUCGCUGGCGUCAGACCCCAAGAUUUUCCACAAGCGCUAUUUGAAAAAGAUCCGGGAUCUGGGUGAGGGUCACUUCGGCAAAGUCAGCCUGUACUGCUACGACCCCACCAAUGAUGGCACCGGGGAGAUGGUGGCCGUGAAGGCCCUGAAAACAGGCAGCGACUCCCAGCUCUGCAGUGGCUGGAGGCGAGAGAUUGACAUCCUUCGCACCCUGGACCACCUGCACAUCGUGCAGUACAAGGGCUGCUGCCAGGACCCUGGCCUUUCCCACUCAGGCGAGAAGUCGGUGCAGCUGGUCAUGGAGUACGUGCCCCUGGGCAGCCUGCGGGAUUACCUGCCCCGCCACAGUGUGGGCCUGGCCCAGCUGUUGCUCUUCGCCCUGCAGAUCUGCGAGGGAAUGUCCUAUCUCCACUCCCAGCAUUACAUCCACCGAGACCUGGCCGCCCGCAAUGUGCUUUUGGACAAUGACAAGCUAGUCAAGAUUGGAGACUUCGGCCUGGCCAAGGCCGUGCCCGAGGGUCACGAGUAUUACCGCGUUCGCGAGGACGGGGACAGCCCCGUGUUCUGGUAUGCUCCCGAGUGCCUGAAGGAAUGUAAGUUCUACUACUCAUCCGAUGUCUGGUCCUUCGGUGUCACCUUGUAUGAGCUGCUCACUCGCUGUGACUCUAGCCAGAGCCCCCCCUCGAAGUUUCUUGAGCUCCUAGGUGUUCCUCAUGGACAGAUGACAGUAUUGAGACUCACGGAACUGCUAGACCAAGGGACGAGACUGCCCCGGCCACAGGAAUGUCCCUGUGAGAUCUACUUGCUUAUGAAGAACUGUUGGAUGGCUGAGGCCCCGGCCCGCCCCAGUUUCCAGAACCUCAUCCCCCUCCUCAGGAAAGCCCAGGAGAAGUACCAAGAUCAAGCACCAUCUGUGUUCAGCGUCUGAUGCCCGCCAGGGGUUGAAUCAGGCGGGAGUGGGAAACCACAGAUCAGCUGCCCGUCGCCCAUGCAGAAAAAGCACCCAACUUGACACACCAGCACUCCCUGCCACUUCUCUUUAUAAUUUUUUCCUAAGGAGAGAAACCAUGGUAUCAAGAGCUUCCCCCAGUGUUUUUGCUCUUCCCAUGUGGUGCUGGGGCUUGAACCUGGCUCAUACACACGACAACAUAAGCCCCUUCCCCAGUGAUCUAUGUGUCUGUCUCCCGUCCCUCCCUCUCUCUCCCUUUCUCUCUCUCUUUCUCUGUUGCUCUCACUCUCUGGCUUGGAAAAUAAACCCUGAACCACACAGAAAGUACAAAAGCACUGGGAGAAGCUUGUUUCAUUGUUUAUUUUCCCAAAGCCCUGCUCAGCUCUGGCUUCCAAUGGUGCUGGGGACUAAGCCUGGGACCUCAGUACCUCAAGCAGGAGUGUGUUUUGUGCUCUCUCCCCAGACAUCCAGCUACGCUACCUCACAGAACAGAGCCACUGAGGUGGUGUAUUCACAUACCUGGGAGAGACAUUCUGAAUUCCUUUGGGAACCAUUCUGUUGA